AUGUCGCGAUUAAAAGCACCCACAAACCUCCAUGAACUCGUCAAGACCACCUUUUCCAAAGCCCUCUCUGCAAAUGAGCUUCACUAUUUCUCCACUCAAGUCACCAUCCUUCAUGUCAAUUCCAUUCCCUUCCAACUGCGAUUCUCUCCCUCUCUGGCAAACAAGCCCAAAGGCCCCCCUCCGGAUCCCUCACAGCCGCGCAAGCCGUUUGAUCCCUUUGCCAAUCCUCCAGCCUCGCUCUUCAUCACAGACUUGGGACCAUCUCAUUUCUUAGUAUUGAACAAAUUCGCCGUUGUUCCGGAGCACUUUAUUCUCGCCACAAAGGAGUACAAGCUACAGACUCAUCUGUUAGAAGAAUCCGAUCUCGAAGCCACGCUUGCCUGCAUCGACGCCUAUGAACAGGCCAAGCAAGACGGAACAUCUUCAGCUUCAACUUCACCGGAAAAGGAAUCACAUAAUGAUGGCCUUUUCGCCUUCUUCAAUGGGGGCCAGCACUCUGGAGCAAGCCAACCUCAUAGACACAUUCAGCUCUUGCCCAUCUCCCGGAUGAAGGACGGCCUAGACACCGACUCGUCAUGGGAUGUGCUCGCUCAACAGGCAGAUAAACUAGAAAAGACACCUUUUGUUGCAUUCUCAGAAACCAUCAACACGGAAACUUCCCCGGCACAUCUCCACGCCGCCUAUCUCCGUCUCUACAAAAAGGCGUGUCAAGCAGUUGCUCAGCAUGCAGGAGCCACGAAUUCAGCCUCGGAUGAAAUUCCCACCACUGGAGAAGCAAAUAUCAGCUACAACAUGGCCAUGACAAAAGACACGAUAGUCAUAUGCCCUCGCCUAAGCGAAGGUUCCGAGAUUAAAAGCAGUGAAACAUCCUCGCCGAUUGGAUCCCUCGCACUAAACGGCACUCUCUUAGCAGGGACAGCACUGGUGAAGAGCGAAGCAGAGUGGGAUGCCUUGAAGAAGAGCCCAAGCGAAUUACUUGCCGUACUAAAGAGUAUCGGUGUUCCACGGGAAGAUGUCAUAGAUGAGCAGGUUAAACUAUAG